GCGGGGGUGUCCCUCCCUCCCUCGCUCUCUCCGGUAAAGUCUCGCGGUGCUGCCGGGCUCAGCCCCGUCUCCUCCUCUUGCUCCCUCGGCCGGGCGGCGGUGACUGUGCACCGACGUCGGCGCGGGCUGCACCGCCGCGUCCGCCCGCCCGCCCGCCCGCCCGCCAGUAUGGCCACCACCGCCACCUGCACCCGCUUCACCGACGACUACCAGCUUUUCGAGGAGCUCGGCAAUUAUUUCUGCUGAGAGAAAGAACAAGGUCUCCCUGUUCCCUUGCUCCCCUGGUUGCCUUUGCUGGGACCGCAAGGCUGUCAGUGAGAUGCAGCAGGGGUGCCUUCUCAGUGGUCCGGAGGUGUGUGAAGAAAACAUCCACGCAGGAAUAUGCAGCAAAAAUCAUCAAUACCAAGAAGUUGUCAGCCCGAGAUCAUCAGAAACUAGAGCGAGAAGCCCGGAUAUGCCGACUUCUGAAACAUCCAAACAUUGUGCGUCUCCAUGACAGUAUUUCUGAAGAAGGGUUUCACUACCUCGUGUUUGACCUUGUUACCGGAGGGGAGUUGUUUGAAGACAUCGUGGCCAGAGAGUACUACAGUGAGGCUGAUGCCAGCCACUGUAUACAUCAGAUUCUGGAGAGCGUUAAUCACAUCCACCAGCAUGACAUUGUCCACCGGGACCUGAAGCCUGAGAACUUGCUGCUGGCAAGCAAAUGCAAGGGUGCUGCGGUCAAGCUAGCUGACUUUGGCCUCGCCAUCGAAGUGCAGGGAGAGCAGCAGGCUUGGUUUGGUUUUGCUGGCACCCCAGGUUACUUGUCCCCCGAGGUCUUGAGGAAAGAUCCCUAUGGAAAACCCGUGGAUAUCUGGGCCUGUGGGGUCAUCCUGUAUAUCCUCCUGGUGGGCUACCCUCCCUUCUGGGAUGAGGAUCAGCACAAGCUGUAUCAGCAGAUCAAAGCUGGAGCCUACGAUUUCCCAUCACCAGAAUGGGACACGGUGACUCCUGAAGCUAAGAACUUGAUUAACCAGAUGCUGACCAUAAACCCAGCAAAGCGUAUCACAGCUGACCAGGCUCUCAAGCACCCAUGGGUCUGUCAACGAUCUACAGUAGCAUCCAUGAUGCAUCGCCAGGAGACUGUGGAGUGUUUACGCAAGUUCAAUGCCCGGAGAAAGCUGAAGGGUGCCAUCCUCACAACCAUGCUCGUCUCCAGGAACUUUUCAGUUGGCAGGCAGAGCUCCGCCCCCGCCUCGCCUGCCGCGAGCGCCGCCGGCCUGGCCGGGCAAGCUGCCAAAAGCCUAUUGAACAAGAAGUCAGAUGGCGGCGUCAAGCCACAGAGCAACAACAAAAACAGUCUCGUAAGCCCAGCCCAAGAGCCCGCGCCCUUGCAGACGGCCAUGGAACCACAAACCACCGUGGUACAUAAUGCUACAGAUGGGAUCAAGGGCUCCACAGAGAGCUGUAACACCACUACAGAAGAUGAAGACCUCAAAGCUGCCCCGCUCCGCACUGGGAAUGGCAGCUUGGUGCCCGAAGGACGGAGCCCCCGGGACAGAACAGCCCCCUCUGCAGGCAUGCAGCCCCAGCCUUCUCUCUGCUCCUCAGCCAUUCGCAAACAGGAGAUCAUUAAGAUCACAGAACAGCUGAUCGAAGCCAUCAACAGUGGGGACUUUGAGGCCUACACGAAGAUUUGUGACCCGGGCCUCACUUCCUUUGAGCCAGAAGCCCUUGGUAACCUCGUGGAGGGGAUGGAUUUCCAUAAGUUUUACUUUGAGAAUCUCCUGUCCAAGAACAGCAAGCCCAUUCACACCACCAUCCUAAACCCACACGUCCACGUGAUUGGGGAGGACGCAGCUUGCAUCGCCUAUAUCCGUCUCACCCAGUACAUCGAUGGGCAGGGUCGGCCUCGCACCAGCCAGUCAGAGGAGACGCGGGUGUGGUACCGCCGUGAUGGCAAAUGGCUCAAUGUCCACUAUCACUGCUCAGGGGCCCCUGCCGCACCGCUGCAGUGAGCUCAGCCACAGGGGCAUUAGGAGAUUCCAGCUGGAGGAUGAACCUUCGCAGCCAGUGACUCUGGAGGGCCUGAGUGACAGCGGCAGUCCUGUUCGUUUGAGGUUUAAAACAAUUCAAUUACAAAGCGGCAGCAGCCAGUGCACGCCCCUGCAUGCAGCCCUCCCGCCCGCCCGCCCUGUCUGUCUCUGCUGUACCGAGGUGUUUUUUACAUUUAAGAAAAAAGAUUGUUAAAAAAAUGGAAUUCAUACCGUGAUGCGUUUGAAAACAACUUAUAGCCCCUGGGCUCGCAAGAAGGCAGGAGUUUGUGUGACGCUCAUCCAGGCAUGAACAGUGGGCUCACCCACCAGCUUUGAAGAGGUGAGCUUGGCCUCAGGCCCCCGUGGACUCAGGGGGACCAGGCAAGGACUCUUGACAGAGCUUUGGGAGCUAUGGUGUGGUUGCAACCCCAGAGGUGGCCUGAGUACCCCAGGUCUGGAAGUGACUUCUUCAGAACAUGCAUUGACACCUAGAAUGAGAUGAAGAAAAAAAAUGUCGUGGCUCUCAGACCUACUUGGGAGAGAAUGCAGCGCUCCCAGCCUGCCUGCUGUGGAGGCAGCUGAGAAGCAGUGGCCUAGGACUGAAGGCCUGGACUUUGCUGUGCUGUUCCAGUUAAUGUAGACAGAAAGAAUUGGUGCUGCACAAGUGUGUCCGCUAUGAAGCCGAUGAGAAGCCUCGUGUUAGUCUGACAUGCACUCACUCACCCAUCUCUUCAGGAUGCACAGCGCACACGGGCCCCCUGAUACGGAGGCCCGAUUUCUGCAGAUGGGAAGGGGGAGGGGUUGCUGCUUUGCUUCCUGUUGGUUUUCCGAACUUAGCAAGGAGAGAUCCAGACCUUGGCCAGGGCUCCUGUUGCCACUUUUGGCAGUCUGUUUCUGUGCUGAUCUGGGCCAUCUUUGUCUUGCAUUUUCAUGGUGGUCCCCAUGCUGACCUUCAUCUGGGCCUGGGCCCUCUGCCAAGUGCCCCUGUGGGAUGGGAGGAGUGAGGCAGUGGGCUAAGAGUUGGUGGUGGUUUCUAUGCAUUCUGGCUGCCCUCUGGGCUGCCUCCCUUCUUCCCAUGCUGCACGUCCAUCUCUUUCCCUGUGUUUGAGAUUGAACUGACUGCUUGGGUGAGGAGUGUCCUCUUUAAAGAGGCCUCUUCACUGACCAACUGAAGUAUAGACUUAACGCUGGAGAAUCUGCAUGGGCAUCGCCCCCUCACCUGCAUGUACCCAAAAAUGGGGUCCAGAGCCAAGGCUUCCACAUUCAUUGUCCUUCUGUGCUCAAGGAGUUCCAUUCCAGGAAGAAAAGAUCUGUACCCUAAGCAGAUAACAGAGAAGAUAAUGGAGGAGCAAUUGGCUUGGCCUUGGUUCCCCCCAUCAAACAACUGCAUAUUAUCUGAAUUGGAGGGGAGGGUGUAGAUUUCAGCUCCCUGGAUGACCUUCAGGAGGCACAGGAGUUGGGGAAAAAAACAGAACUACAGGCUUUGGAACCAGCUGAGAAGAGAACAAGUUCAUGGGUGCUGGGGCUUGAAUUUAGCCAGGCUCCUCAAGCCUCUUCUGCAUGCCUCAGACCCUGGGCCCUAGUCCCUUCCUCCCUGCAGCCUGCAGCGCCAGCCCACAGAUGCCUUCACCACAGGUUUUGGUUUUGCUGGCUUGAAGACAACAAAUGGGCUUAGAGCUCAUUGAGACCCGUAGCUUCAUAUGGCUGCUCCAGCCCCACUUCUUAGCGUUCUUACCCCACUUCUGGGGCUAAUGUCAGCAUCUAUAGACUAUUAAUAGACUAUUUAAAAAAAAACAAACCAACCACCUUUUAAACAGGCAAUGGAAGGCAUUUGAUGCAGAACUUUUGCAUGAUGACUUAGAAAUAAUUUAAAAAUUAGUGUUUGUUCUGAAUGUUGGUAGUCCCUUCAUAGCUUUGUUACAAUGAAACCUUGAAGAUAUUUAAUAAAAUAACCUUUAAACAGUC